AUGUAUGCAUUUAUUAAAAGUUAUUUACCAACUAAAGAAAAUGAACAACAAGUUCAAGAAAGUAUAGAGACUAUAAAUGAAACUGUAGAAGAAUCGAAACAAGAGGUAGAAUCAGUUGAAAAAAUGGAAUUUGAUUUAUCACUUGGUAUUAAUCAAACCUCAGGUAAACUAAAUGAAUUAGAAGCCGAAAGAGACAAAGUAUUUAAAACAAUCGAACUCAUUGAUAAUCAAUUAAAACUUUUAUCAGGCGCAAAUUUAUCGGAACAACAAGCAGCACUUAAAGAAGAACUCGCUAAAAAUUUAGAAGAAAAGGUUAGGCCCUCAGUUCUUAUAUUUGAUAAACAAAUCGAUAUUUUAACAAGAAAGUUACUAAUUUUACAUAAUAAAAGAGAUCUAUUAACACAAAAGAAAGUUUCGGUAGAGGAUGCAGCUGAAGACGCCCAAAAUAGUAUACAACAAGUCCCAACUAAUGCAGGUGAAGUUCCAAUGGACUCAAUUACAAGCGAAGAAUUUAAAAACGAUAAUAACAAAAAUAAUCCAGAAUCAAAUGUUUAG